CAACAACAAAAAUUAAAACCCCUCAGUAUCCCCAAUCUAAUUUGCCCACCCCCUCUCUCUCAUUUUCUCUCUCUCUCUAAAACCUUUCUCUCUCUAAAAACAAAAUUGAGGCUUUGUGCACUGCCACCCACUCCUCGUCGUCGUCGUCGUCGUCGUCGUCUCGACGAUUAAUCCGAAACGACAACCUUCAAUCGGACCGUUAACUCGCUCACCCCCGGAGCAUCUUAGCCGCCGAUACCAUUUUACUCUCACCCAACCCGAUACCCGCCCGUAAACCCGACCCGUUUCCCAAUUUCUUAACGGCCGAUUGCUCAUUUUUCCGGCGAUUUCACGUCGGAAAAGCUGCGCACGAUUGUUAACCUGCGCACCGUUAUUUUUUUUGUCUUUUUGUAUAUUAACCUAAUUAGUGACAGAGCCUUAUUUUGUAUGCCUUUGGAGAGAUCGUCUGGUUACGUUCUAGUAGACAACAGGAGCACUAGUUUGCUACUGUUACUGUUUGCAUCGAGAUAAAGUAACUUCCUUUUAAGUUCCAUGUGAGACGAUGGCCUUUUUUAGGAACUAUUCUAAUGAAACAGUUUCACGUAGUGUAUUGGAAGAAAAAGGCCAGGGACAGAGUGUAGAUAGAAUUCAUAAUUCAGUGGGAAAUGAGGAUGUAGAUUUCACUUCAAGUGAGAAGGAAUUUGAUAUGAACAUGGAUGUGCAGGAUCAGAGUGAAGGUGAACCAGAUUAUGCUAAUAGAUUGCACAAUGAGGUAGCUGCUAAUGACAGCAAUGGAGUAGGAGUAUCAAAUUUUCAACCUUCUGGGAGAAGAACUGCAAUGGCUGGAAAAUGGGGUUCAACUUUUUGGAAGGACUGUCAACCUAUGCACACUCGUGGUGGGUCUGAUUCUGGACAGGAUUCUGAUUAUAGAAAUGUGGUUGGAUCAGAGUAUAAUUCUUCUGAUGGCAGAGGAGAAAGGUUAGACUCCGAAGAUGAUGAUGGGGCAAAAGAUGCAGGAAAGGGCCAACGUGGCCAUUCUGAUGUCCCUGCAGAUGAGAUGUUGUCUGAUGAAUAUUAUGAGCAGGAUGGAGAAGAGCAGAGUGACUUGAUGCAUUAUAGUGGGUUUCACAAUCCUGUUGGUUCAAAUUCUAGGCCACAAUCUAAGCCUGCUGCAGUUAAUAUUGUUAGGACUUCCAGAGUUUUGAAUGAUAAUGAAGAUUCCGAUGGUGGUGAUGACGACGACAACAAUGAUGAUGCUGAUUACGAAGAAGAGGAUGGAGAUGAAGAUGACCCUGAUGAUGCAGACUUUGAACCUGAUUUUGGUGUCACAAGUGGUCGCUCUGCAAACAAGGAUAAAGAUUGGGAUGUUGAAGAUUCGGAAGAAGAUGAUGCAAGUAUUGAUGCGCAGGAACUGUCUGAUGAGGAUGAUUCUUAUUAUGCGAAGAAACCUAAAGUUAGUCGACGGGGUAAAGGUGGAAACAAUUUUAAAUCUAUUAAAGAACGUAAAUUUUAUUAUGGAACUGGUCGGUCAAGAAGAGGGAAACCGUCGUUUGAAGAUGAUGAGUCCUCAGCGGAGGACUCUGAAAGUGACAGUAAUGAGGGUUUCAAAAGCUCGAGAAGGAAAGGGGCACAGGUCCGUAAAAGCAAUGGUCGGUCCAGUUUAUCAACAAAUGUCACUGGACGAAACAAUGAGGUACGCACUUCUACUAGGUCUGUCCGGAAGGUAUCAUAUGUUGAAAGUGAAGAAAGUGAGGAGGUUGAAGAAACCAAGAAGAAGAAGUCCCAAAAGGAGGAAAUUGAAGAGGAGGAUGGCGAUUGUAUUGAAAAGGUGCUGUGGCAUCAGCCAAAGGGCAUGGCAGAAGAUGCUCUUAGGAAUAACAGGUCAACUGAGCCUGUUCUAUUAAGCCACUUGUUUGAUUCUGAGCCGGAUUGGAGUGAGAUGGAAUUCUUGAUAAAAUGGAAAGGCCAGUCCCAUUUGCAUUGUCAAUGGAAAUCAUUUUCAGAGCUACAAAAUCUUAGUGGUUUCAAGAAGGUCAUAAAUUACACUAAAAAGGUGGUGGAGGAUAUCAAGUACAGGAAGGCAAUCUCACGCGAGGAGAUUGAGGUUAAUGAUGUGAGCAAAGAGAUGGACUUGGAUCUCAUCAAGCAAAACAGCCAGGUGGAAAGGAUAAUUGCAGACCGCAUCAGUAAAGAUAGCUCAGAUGAUGUGAUUCCAGAGUAUCUAGUCAAGUGGCAAGGAUUGUCUUAUGCCGAAGCAACAUGGGAGAAGGAUGUAGAUAUUACAUUUGCCCAAGAUGCCAUUGACGAGUACAAGGCUCGUGAGGCUGCAAUGGCCAUACAGGGAAAAACAGUGGAUCCCCAGCGCAAAAAGAGCAAAGGUAGUUUACGGAAGCUUGAUGAACAACCUGAAUGGUUGAGAGGAGGAAAGCUGCGUGAUUAUCAGCUUGAGGGUUUGAAUUUUCUUGUUAAUAGCUGGAGGAAUGAUACCAAUGUCAUUUUAGCUGAUGAGAUGGGUCUCGGUAAAACUGUUCAAUCAGUAUCCAUGCUUGGUUUUUUACAGAAUACCCAACAGAUCCAUGGCCCAUUUCUUAUUGUCGUACCGUUAUCGACCUUGUCGAACUGGUCAAAAGAAAUUAGGAAGUGGCUUCCUGAUAUGAAUGUCAUUGUAUAUGUUGGCACCCGAGCAAGCCGAGAGGUUUGUCAGCAGUAUGAAUUCUAUAACAAAAAAGUUGGCAGGCCAAUAAAAUUUAAUACUUUAUUAACUACAUAUGAAGUAGUUCUGAAGGAUAAAGCAGUCCUUUCAAAGAUUAAGUGGAAUUAUCUAAUGGUUGAUGAAGCUCACAGGUUAAAGAACAGUGAAGCUCAGUUGUACACAACUCUUUUGGAAUUUAGCACCAAGAACAAGUUGCUCAUUACCGGUACUCCAUUACAGAACAGUGUGGAAGAGUUGUGGGCCUUGCUCCACUUCCUUGACAGUGAUAAGUUCAAAAGUAAAGAUGAGUUCGUACAAAACUACAAGAAUCUCAGCUCGUUUAAUGAGAUUGAGCUUGCUAAUCUUCAUAUGGAAUUGAGGCCUCACAUUCUACGCAGAGUUAUUAAGGACGUGGAAAAGUCUUUGCCUCCAAAAAUUGAAAGAAUUCUUAGGGUUGAAAUGUCUCCUCUUCAGAAACAGUACUACAAGUGGAUUUUGGAACGCAACUUCCAUGACUUAAACAAAGGAGUUCGUGGGAAUCAGGUUUCACUUUUAAAUAUUGUGGUAGAGCUGAAGAAAUGCUGCAAUCAUCCCUUCCUGUUUGAAAGUGCAGAUCAUGGUUAUGGUGGAGACUCGAGCAUUAAUAAUGCAAGUAAAAUGGAGAGAAUUAUUUUGAGCAGUGGGAAGUUGGUUAUACUUGAUAAGCUGCUUUGUAGGUUGCAUGAGACGAAGCAUCGUGUUUUGAUUUUUUCCCAGAUGGUAAGAAUGCUCGAUAUACUAGCAGAGUAUAUGUCACUUCGUGGAUUUAAAUUCCAAAGGCUUGAUGGUAGUACAAAGGCUGAAUUGCGCCAUCAGGCAAUGGAUCACUUCAAUGCACCCAACAGUGAUGAUUUUUGUUUCCUUCUUUCAACUCGGGCUGGUGGCCUGGGUAUCAAUCUAGCAACAGCAGACACGGUUAUAAUAUUCGAUUCAGACUGGAAUCCUCAGAAUGACUUACAGGCAAUGAGUAGAGCUCACAGAAUUGGCCAACAAGAAGUUGUUAACAUCUACAGAUUUGUCACAAGCAAAAGUGUUGAGGAGGAUAUCCUGGAGCGAGCUAAAAAAAAGAUGGUUCUUGACCAUUUGGUGAUCCAGAAAUUAAAUGCAGAGGGUAGAUUGGAGAAGAAAGAAGCCAAGAAAGGGAGUUAUUUUGACAAAAAUGAGCUGUCAGCUAUCUUAAGAUUUGGGGCUGAAGAGCUUUUUAAGGAAGAGAAAAAUGAUGAAGAAAGCAAGAAAAGACUGUUAAGCAUGGAUAUUGAUGAAAUUCUUGAAAGAGCAGAGAAGGUUGAAGAAAAGGAAGCUGAUGGAGAGCAGGGGCAUGAAUUGUUGAGUGCAUUUAAGGUUGCUAAUUUUGGUAGUGCUGAAGAUGAUGGAAGCUUCUGGAGUCGUUGGAUAAAGCCAGAAGCAGUAGCCCAAGCUGAAGAUGCUUUGGCUCCUCGUGCUGCAAGGAACACCAAGAGUUAUGCAGAAGCUGCUCAGCCUGAGCGAAGUAGUAAAAGGAAGAAAAAGGAAUCUGAGCCUCAAGAACGAGUCCCGAAGCGUCGCAAAGCAGAUUAUUCAGUCGCCUCAGCGCCAAUGAUUGAAGGAACUUCUUCUCAAGUAAGAAGAUGGUCUUCUGGGAACUUGUCCAAGAGAGAUGCACUACGAUUUUCUCGUGCGGUUUUGAAAUUUGGGAAUGAGAGCCAAAUUGGCUUAAUAGCUGAGGAAGUUGGUGGUGCAGUUGGAGCAGCUCCACUUGAUGCUCAGAUUGAGCUUUUUAAUGCACUCAUUGAUGGCUGUAGAGAUGCAGUUGAAGUAGGAAGUCUGGACCAGAAGGGUCCUAUGUUGGAUUUUUUUGGAGUCCCUGUGAAGGCUAGUGAUCUACUAACACGUGUUCAAGAACUUCAACUCCUAGCGAAGCGCAUUAGUCGUUAUGAAGAUCCCAUUGCACAAUUCCGUGUCUUGACAUAUCUGAAACCUUCUAAUUGGUCGAAAGGUUGCGGAUGGAAUCAGGUUGAUGAUGCAAGAUUACUUUUGGGAAUAUAUUACCAUGGAUUCGGCAAUUGGGAAAAGAUAAGACUAGAUGAAAGGCUUGGCCUUUCAAAGAAAAUUGCGCCUGUGGAACUUCAACACCAUGAAACCUUUCUACCCCGUGCUCCGAAUUUGAGAGACCGUGCUAAUGCACUUUUGGAAAUGGAACUUGCUGUGCUUGGUGGGAAGAAUGCGAGUGCAAAAGUGGGUCGGAAGACUUCCAAGAAGGAGAAGGAAAAUCUUCUUAAUGUGUCUAUGACUCCAGGCCGGGUCAAAAAGGGCAAAGCAAGUUCUUCUAUGGUUAAUGCUCAAAUGAACAGGGACAGGCCUCCAAAACCCCAGAGAGUUGAACCGUUAGUGAAAGAAGAGGGUGAAAUGUCAGACAAUGAAGAAGUGUAUGAGAAGUUCAAGGAAGAAAAAUGGAUGGAAUGGUGUGAAGAUGUCAUGGUUGAUGAAAUUAAAACCCUGGGACGUCUCCAGCGUUUGCAGACUACUAGUGCUAAUCUUCCAAAGGAAAAGGUGCUUUCAAAAAUUCGAAAUUAUUUACAGCUUCUAGGACGAAGGAUAGAUCAAAUUGUUCUAGAGCAUGAGGAGGAACCAUACCGGCAAGAUAGGAUGACUAUGAGAUUGUGGAACUAUGUAUCUACCUUUUCAAAUUUGUCCGGGGAGAGACUUCAUCAAAUUUAUUCCAAACUUAAACAGGAGAGGGAUGAGGAGCCUGGUCCUUCCCAUGCCAAUGGAGAUGCAAAUCAUUUUACUCCUUUCUCCCGCAAUGUUGAGAGGCAGAGAGGUUUUAGAAACAUGACCACUUACCAAGGGUCAGAACCAUUUCAGCAUGGUCAUGAUUCAGCUAAAUUUGAAGCAUGGAAACGAAGGAGAAGAGCAGAAACUGAUAACCAAUUCACAGUCCAGUCCACUUCUCAAAGACCACCUUUAAGUAAUGGUAUCCCCUUAUCUGAUCCAAGCUCAUUGGGGAUUCUUGGGGCUGCGCCAGCACCAUUCGAAAAUAGACGAAUUGGUAAUGAGAGGCCUUAUAAAAUGCGACAGACUGGGGCACCACCGAGGCAAGGUUUCUCAUCAGGUGUCAAGUAGGCUGUGGCAGGAGAAUGGCUGAUACAUGAGCACAGAGGCUAUGGCUCUUGGUUUGGUGGCAUCAACCAUGUGUGCCUUUAUGUAUAUUCUCUGGAAUUUUUUUUCAACCAUGGGAAUAAAACUUCUUCAGUUUCAUAUUAUGGCAUUGUAUGACUGAUCUGAGCGAGCAGUCCACCAUUGGAUCAUCCUUUAACAAAAGGUUUGCUGAGGGAAGAAGAGCCGGAGUUCUUACCGUAUGCAAGACUACAACGAGUUUUGCUGCCAUUUUUUUUUUUUUCUCUUCAAGAAUUUUCUUUCAAGAUGAGUUGAGUUGGUAAUUUGUUUAUGUGUAUAGUCAAAUUCAAGGAGAAAAAAGAAAUAGAAAAAAAAGAAAAAAGAAAAAAGAAAAAAAGGAAAAAAGGAAAAAAAGGAUUUUACUGCUCACUCAUCUGAUGUAUACAUACAGGAGAACGUCUUGUGAAUUUGGCCUUAGGAAAGUGUACAUUAUGAAAUUUUGCAAAUAAUUUUGGCUAUGUGUUUUUAGUA